AUGAUCAGCGGCCUCUUCCUCAUCUCGCAGAAGGGCGAAGUCGUGCUCAACCGGCUCUACCGCGACGACGUGAGCCGCCGGGCGGCUGACGCCUUCCGCCUCCAGGUCAUCGCCGCCAAGGAGACCGGGUCGCUCCCGCCCAUCAAGUCGAUCGACGGCUGCUCGUUCCUCUACACGCGCCACGAGAAUCUGUAUCUCGUCGCUGUCUCUCGGGCCAACAUCAACAUUGCGCUCGUGUUUCAGUUCCUCACCAACCUCAAUGGCAUCUUUCAAGACUACCUGGGCAAAAAAUACAACGAGGAAAGCAUCCGCAACAACUUUACACUCGUGUACGAACUCCUCGAUGAGACGAUGGACUAUGGAUACCCGCAAAACUGCUCGUCGGAUGUGCUCAAGAUGUACAUCAACCUCGGCUCCAUGUCGGCGGAUGCUGCCACGUCGACGGCGCAGCCCGGCCAAUUGACGUCGCAAAUCACCGGUGCCAUCGACUGGCGUCGCGAGGGCAUCAAGUACAAGCGCAACGAAGUGUACUUGGAUGUCUUUGAAAGCGUCAACCUCCUCAUGUCCUCGAACGGCGCUGUGCUCCGCAACGAAGUCGUUGGCCAAGUCGUUAUGAAGACAAUGCUCACGGGCAUGCCAGAGUGCAAGCUUGGUCUCAACGACAAGCUCACGAUGCAAAAGGGCGACGCGGCGCCAAAGGCCGCGGGCCAAAAGCGGGCCCAGAAGGAAGUCGAGAUCGACGACUGCACGUUCCACCGCUGCGUGCGCCUCGGCAAGUUUGACGCGGACCGCACCAUCACGUUUGUGCCGCCGGACGGAGAGUUUGAGCUCAUGAAGUACCGUGUCACGGAGAACAUCAACUUGCCCUUCAAGAUCAUGCCGGCCUACCAAGAGGGCUCGUCGACGCGCAUGGCCGUCUCGCUCAAGAUCGCGGCUACGUUUAGCGCACGCCUCUUUGCGACGAACCUCGUCAUCAAGAUCCCCGUGCCCCAGAACACGGCGCGCUGCAAGAUCACCGUGCCAAUCGGAACCGCCAAGCACGCGCCCGAGCACCACGCGAUCGUGUGGAAGAUCCGCAAGUUCCAGGGCACGCUGGAGCGCAUGCUGGACGCCGAGGUCGAGAUCAUGAAGGGCACGAAGGAGAAGUCGUGGUCGCGACCCCCGAUCCAGGUCGAGUUCCAAGUGCCCAUGUUCACGGCCUCUGGUCUCCACGUGCGCUUCCUCAAGGUGUUUGAGAAGAGCUCGUACCAGACGACCAAGUGGGUCCGCUACGUCACGCGUGCGGGCCAGUACCAGCUGCGCAUCUAG